AUGACUGAGUACUACGAGGAGGGAGGACUGCUGUAUGAGCAAUCACCUCCCAUGCACAUCAAAGUGGAGUCUCCGGAGGGACCCCUGGGAGCGGGAGCCUCCGAAAACGGCUUUCCCCGGGAUGAUGAUGACUCUGAUGGCAGCUGUGACCAGAGUACCGGCUUACCAACAGGGCUGCCCUUCAAUGUGGUCGUGGUGCAUCCCAACAUCAUGGCUCCAGGACUGUCUUCUGAUGACCUUCUGUCCAUUGAACAAAGUGAGAAUCAUUAUAUGUUCUCACCUUCAUCCACUGACUACAGAGCUAUGUCAGCGGCUCUGGCAGCUGGUGGUGCGGGCAAAAGAAAAAGUCGCUUCAGCGGCGCAGAGCUGGAGGUUCUGGUGUCUGAAGUUACCCGGUGUGAAGGGGAGUUGUUUGGUCCCGCUGGAAGACUGAGGCGCAGGGAAAGAGAGCGCAUUUGGGCUGGCAUCUUAGACAGAGUAAACGCUGUGUCCCGAGUGCCACGAACCCUCCGAGAGGUAAAGAAACGCUGGGAUGACUUAAAGAGGCGUAAUGGAGGCCGACUGGCAGAUGCCCGCCAUCGCACCUGUUAUCUGCCCACAAGCAGAGGGAGCUCUCUCCUCGGCCGCUCUCUGCCCAGCCCAAGGCUUCAACAUGCUCGGCAAAAACUAAACGCACGCUUAAAAGCGACUUUUCCUUGUUUCCCUGAUUCUGACCCAGGUGCUGGAAUGGACUCCUCAGACAGAGAUGUUCUAGAGAAGGAGGAGGAGAGUUCUGAGCGGGACAAAGACAUGACAGAAAAUGAAUGUGACACAGUGGAGAACAGCAUAGAUGACAAACUCGGGUUAGGACUGGGUCUGGGGAUCGGCCCUCACCCUCCUUCUGAACGCUGGCUGCCUCCCUCCCCUUUGUACAGCGCUCCUUUCCUCAACGGCAGCCCACCACCUGGAAGCCCCCAGCCCUCACUGGGAACGCAGCAGGGCCCUCUGGAAGCCCCGCCCCGCAGCUUGUGGCUGGAAGACGAGCUCCGUGGAUUAGGUGAAGCAGCAAUUCAGCUGGGAAACCAUGUAGAAAAAAGUUUAAGAGAGUUUGGGGAAGGUUUCAGGGAGGACAUGAAGACUCUAGUUGCUUCUCAAGAGGCUUUGGCUUUAAGUCUCCAGCAGAACAAUAUCCUCUUGCAAAGGCUUCUGGGAGUUUUAGAGGCCCAGCGGCCGCCUCCACCACCACAGCAUCAGCAGCAGCAGCACGUGCCACAGUCAAAGCAGCACUUGCAGACUCCACUACAGCCGUUGGAAGACCAGGGGACUGACCCUCCGCAGACUUAUCCUCCUUCACAUCCGCAGCAACCAGCCUCUCUCAGUCACUCUCCGGUGGCAACAGCGGACAUGCACGCCACCUUCUCUUCAGAUCCACUCAUAGAGGAAAAGAGUGCACACAAACUCUUAGAGGAAAAAGGCGGACACAAAGUGCGGCCGGGACGAGUGGCUGAGCACAGACGCAAAAAGCGCCGAUGA